CGAUGUGUGCAGUUUGGAUACAAGUAUGACUCAUUGAUAAGUUGUAACGAGGCGUACGAGGAAGCUAUAUAGCUCGCAGGAGAGGGGUGAUGAGACAGCACACAGGCGUUCGAUCCGUACGUAGUGUGGUGCUGCUGAAUCGUCGGUCCCGAGAGUGAAGACAAGUGGUGGUAUUUGGUUCUGGAUUACGCAUCAGUGAGUGUCAAACAUUGCGAUUGAGGAUGGAGUUUCCAGAGCUGGGAAAGCAUUGCUCCGAGAGCACCUGCAAGAUGCUAGAUUUUCUGCCGGUGAAGUGUGAUGCCUGCAGACAGAUUUUCUGCAAGGAUCACUUCCAGUACCAAAAUCAUGGCUGCACCGUUGGCCUUAGCAAAGAUUGCCAGGUGCCCGUGUGCCCACUCUGUAAUAGCCCAGUCCCAAGCAAGCGAGGUGACCUACCUGAUGUAGCUGUAAGCAGCCAUAUUGACCGUGACUGCCAGUCUGAUCCGGCUCAAGCAAAACGCAAGGCUUAUGUCAAUCGUUGCUCCGUGAAGGGUUGCAAGCAGAAAGAACUGAUUCCCCUGAAGUGCACACAUUGCAGCCUCAACCAUUGUCUGAAGCACAGGUUUCCAGAUGACCACAACUGCACAGGAAAGGGAAUGACCCCCUCUGGUGCUGCUGCCAUGGCCAGGCUUCAGCAGAAGGCCCCCAGCCCCGCGCUCAAGCGAGUGGCCGCAGCAUCGGCGUGCGGAGCACAAAGCCAGCGCGCUAGCGUUUCUCACCUGCAGACUGAAGACGAAGCCUUGGCAUGGGCUCUGCAGCAGUCUCUCUAUGAAGCUGAACUUCAGGGCCACAGCCCUGAUCAGCAUGGACGUAGGAGAAGGACAUCGUCAAGGCAAAAGUCUGAGAAGAGCUGCUUUGUCUCCUAGUCGACAGGCGCAUGUCUCUACGACACGCAGCGUGGCCACCGCUGUGCAAUCCGUCCAGUGGCCUCAAUAUUCUGCACUUGUUGGGCUCUGAAAAAGUUGUGUGCCUUUCGUCACCAUUAUAUUGUUGUUACUCUUUUACCCCAGCAUGAUUGCUGAACAUUCCCAUGUAUCUCGCUGUAUUAACGUCAUACUUGAACGGUCAUUCUGACAGCGCCCUGGCAGUGUUGUUAAAGGGGUCAUGAACCACUUUUCCAAGUAAUGAUCUAAUGACCUUAGUAUUGGAGUUUACUGCCUCCCGAAUCGAUUGCCGCAAAAAUCUCUCGAAUCCGUCAAGAAUCAGCGGAGUUACGGGGGUUUGGCGCACGCUCCCAGCGCUUUCUCUCUUUUCUCGUGCCAACGAGCACACUGGAAGCUAGACAGGGUGGGAUGGCAUGGGGGAAAGAAAUUACGUCAGCGUGCGUCAUGAAACUCGAUUGCUCUCCCGCAGUGAUUCGCUUGCGCCAGUGCGGCUACCGUGUACUGAGGAGUGCGGCGCUGGCAAGUGGUGCCACCCCACGGCAAGUGCAUCUGAUCCGAACGCCGCUCUCGAUUUAAGUCUGCUAUCGGCCAAUAAGCAUGCUAUGUCUCUCGUGACAUAAACUGGCAGAUCCGCGACGUCAAUGUGCAGACGCCCCGCCCACCGACGAGAGUGAGAACCGUGCUCUGUUUGAAAAGAGGGCGCCUGAGGAAACGGCAACUUCGCGCUCCGCUUGUGGCCUUUACGCGACGCGCACGGCUGUAUAAAUAUUUGGCAGAGCAGUUCAUAGCCGUGUCAGCUUUCCGCAGGAUGUGUUUUUUCAACAAGCUCAAGGGGUGCUUCAUGACCCCUUUAUGGUUGUGCAAGACAGCCAAGAAAGUCUUAUUAUGAGAGCAAAAGGGUUGAAUGGUUUGGGCUUCAUUAUCAUCCACCUGGGGCCACUGUAGUUACUAUCACGGACAACCUUUAGUGCUGCCGAACUUCUCCCAAGUUACAAAUCCGAUAUGGCCCAAGUUACCACACUCGGAGAGCCAUCUUUGUUUUUAAGUCUUUAUUAUUGAAAUAAAAAGCUUGAAUGUAUCUUC